AUGGCCACCAUCCUCGAGUCUCCGUUCCCCGCUUCGACCAAGCAGUCGGCCUGCCUCAUUGAUGGCAUUCACACCGACUGCAGCGUAGUCUCCUUUGCCGAUAAGAUCGUCAUAACUCUGACGCAACAAGGCCGUCUUGCGCAAUGGUUCCAUGUACCCCUCGACGGACACCAUCCCGGUCUGCUCGAAGGCAAGUCACCCGACGACGAAGACGGGCUUCUCCCACUAUCUCAUUUGACGCCAACCACCCUCCUUGGCGGAACUGUCCCGGAGCGGGAGGCGCUUGGACAGACAAUUGCCGUCCAGCUUGCAUCUGUUUUGGCGAUGCGCAGGAAGGAGGAGGGGCGGAUGCUGGUUGUUGGGUUGGGGCUGCAGCAGAAGGAGCUGGACGGUGAGGCGUUUGUGAAGUUGGUGGAGCUGGUGGGAGACUGUUUGUAG